CCGAAGUCUCUCACACAAGGAAAAUAAAGAUAGAAUAGAACCCCAUUUUCCAUUUUGCUUCUUUUAUUACUAUAAUCAGCAAACACACUUCAACUUUUAUUUCCCUUUCCUAAAUUAUUCCUUCCUUUUUUUAUUUCAUCUUUAUUGUCUCGUGUUCACAACUCUCCUUGCUUCAAUCAAUCUGAACGCCUAACAGAAAGGCCUGCGCGCUUUCUUUCCUUCACUUUUCUUGAUUUCAUUUUUUAAUUUUAUAUUUUUGUUUAUAUAUGGGGGCUGUGGAGGAGUGUUUUUGAGGACCCUUUCUGCUUUUGGAGCUGAUAAUCAUGGGAAAUUGCGUAGGCUCAUCAGCAAGAGUGGAUGCCACUCUCAGCUCCGCAUCCGAAGCAUCACGUUACCCGAACAGAAACAGCAACUCAUCUAUACCUUCCAACAUAAGCAUUCCCUCACACAGUGGCAAAAGCAUGGCGGAAGGCCUUUCGACUCCAAGAUCAGAAGCCGAGAUUCUGUCAUCGCCACAUGUGAAAGCCUUCACAUUUAACGAACUACGAAAUGCAACGAGAAACUUUAGGCCCGAUAGUCUUCUUGGGGAAGGAGGAUUUGGGUAUGUCUUCAAAGGGUGGAUUGACGAGAAUACCCUUACUGCCUCAAGGCCCGGAUCAGGUUUGGUCAUUGCGGUAAAGAAGUUGAAGCCCGAGGGAUUUCAAGGCCACAAAGAGUGGUUGAAUGGAGAUGAUAUGCAGACAGAAGUUAAUUAUUUGGGGCAACUUCAUCACCCGAACCUUGUAAAACUCAUUGGCUACUGUUUGGAGGGUGAAUAUCGACUAUUGGUUUAUGAGUUCAUGCCGAAAGGAAGCCUGGAGAAUCAUUUGUUCAGAAGAGGGCCACAACCCCUGACCUGGGCAACUCGUAUAAAGGUGGCCAUAGGUGCUGCCAGGGGCCUUUCUUUCUUGCACGAAGCUGAAGAACAAGUCAUAUACAGAGACUUUAAAGCUUCUAAUAUUCUUCUUGAUGGGGAAUUCAAUGCAAAAUUGUCCGACUUUGGUUUGGCCAAAGCGGGCCCCACCGGCGACAGGACACAUGUGUCGACCCAAGUUAUGGGCACUCAUGGAUAUGCUGCUCCUGAAUAUGUCGCCACAGGGCGGCUGAGUAGCAAAAGCGACGUGUACAGCUUUGGUGUUGUCCUGCUGGAGCUGCUCUCCGGUCGGCGUGCAGUUGACAAGACAAAGGUAGGGAUUGAGCAGAAUCUGGUGGACUGGGCCAAACCAUACAUGGGGGACAAGCGGAAGCUGUUUCGAAUAAUGGACAUAAAGCUCGAGGGCCAAUAUCCUCAGAAGGCUGCCUUCACAGCUGCCACAGUGGCCCUACAGUGCCUCAGUCAUGAGUCAAAGAUGAGGCCACGAAUGGCCGAGGUCUUGGCCACGCUUGAGGAACUCCAGCAGGCUCCCAGAAACUCGAGCGCUAGACCUCCCAACACGCCACCUCAUCGGAGAUCGUCAGCUGAGACUGAAAUGUAACAUCACUUCUUUCUUUUUAUUUCUNCUU